UUCAUUCGUUUUCGCAGCUUCAAACGGAACGGAACGGGACCGAAGGCGAAGCGCUUGUUGUUUUUUUCCAUGUCGUUCGUUUGUUUGUCGAAACUAAAAAUUAGUAACUAACAGAACGGCAGGGGCUAGAAAAAGCGCCGGCUAAUCAAUCAGAAAAGGCCGGAAAGUCCCCGAUUGUGCGUGUGUCCGUUGACUAAGUGCCUGUCACACAGAAAUCUCAAGAAUAUUUUAAUAAAUUCGGUUACAAAUUCGCUAAAAUUCAAUUUCAUUGUCUGACGCCGCCGUCAUCCGUGAAGAGCGCGCGUGAUGCACAAAUGAAAUUAAAUGAAAAUUAAUUCAAAAUUCAUAAAAGAAGAGAGUGAAGAAAAAUACCUUAGCAGCAGGCAAAAGAAGAAACCAAAGGAGACAGAAGACAGAAAGAACGAGACUUAAACAUAAACUAACGGGGCUUCCACACAAAAAGUUCCUUGUUUCGAGAUCAAUAUAAUCAAUAGGAAACAACAGAUCACAGAUCUAUAUAAAAUGAUUUCGCACAGUCCGCCCAUAUUCAGUCACAGUCCACCCGUUAGUUUUCUGGCGGACUACAUGAGCGGACAUCAGCGGCCGGCAUUGAACUUCAAUGACGAACCCAAUAGAGCAUCGCGCUACUGCCGUCCCCAAGUGAUAACUCUGGCCUCCAAAGCCAUGGUCAACAAUGCCUCGGCAGCCAUGCAGUGCCAGCCGGGUCAACAGAAGGCAGGUGGCACGCCCCUGGGAGUGGGCAGUCGAUCGGGUCGCAGUUAUCUGGAGCGCAUGGCCUCGGCCCCACUCCUCAUCAACCAACCCAAGUCAUGCCUCAGCCGCAAGUCCUGCCUGCACAAAACCCCACAAAGUCCCAGCCCCAUAGAUGAACAGGCUCCAGAAAACAGCGAUGUCACGGACAGCUGCAGUUGCACCAAGAAAAGUGAAGCCAACGGAGUAGCCCACUGCGAACAGAGUCGUGGGCCCAAAAAGCAUGUGAUCUUCGCCGAUGAUGAGGGUCUAUCGCUAACCGAGGUUCGCGUGAUGUCCGAACCCUCGAAUGUGCCGCCCUAUUGGAGCAUGAAGUUCUUGGAGCAGAUAACACAGGGCCUGGUCAGUCCGCAUCCACCAGAUCAGUGGACAGUGGACUUCAAGCAGCCAGCUUCUGAUUAUCUAUCGUUUAGACAAAAGAUAGAUCGGGAUUUUGUGUCCCUAGAGAAUGUAAUUGUCAAGGAUGAGGAGUCCAUAGUGGUGGGCACCAUCAAGGUGAAGAACGUUGACUUCCAGAAGGAGAUCAUUGUGCGUGUCACCUGGGACGAUUGGAAGAGUCAGCAGGAUAUAUUUUGUACUUUUGCCAGGGCUUAUGGACCGUCCACCUGUGCCCACGUUGUUUUCGAUACAUUCUCGUUCAAGAUCACGUUGCCGCCAUCCUCCAAGCGCCUGGAGUUCUGCAUCUGCUAUCGCAUUAACGACACAGAGUACUGGGACAAUAAUGAUGGAACAAACUACACCAUCAGCAAGCGUUCGCCCUUCUACUACAAUGCCCUCUCUCCCUAUGAUAAGGGUCAGAAUCGCAACUCCAGUCAGCAAAUAAGGUCCACCCUGACCGAUGCCCUGGCCAAGGUGCAGGAGCAAAAUGGCUGGCAUCAAGAGCCGCACACACCAUAUUGGUGAAGUUUUGGGAGAGGAAAUGGAUUUUCCUUCUCAGAAAGGAAAUUUUCUCAUUUAGGCCACAUGAACAGAAAGUAACAGAAAAUGAACAGGAAAGAAUGAGGGACAGAGAGAGAGUCUAAGAGAUUUUAACACUAACGAAACCUUUGACUUAAUCAUUAAUGUGCCAUUGACUAGAGAUUUUCUCUACACUAGAUGAGAGACGAGGGCCCAUAACUACUUUAACUAAGCAAACCCCCGGACUUGUAUGCUUGUCCAAUGGAAUUUCAAGAUCAUAUCUUUAACGUAUAUCUUUUUAAAAUUGUUUGUAUGCUCAUGGAAAGAAUUGUCUGAAAAACUAAAUUUAUUUAAUGUCUACCUAAUUGCCUGUGUGAUUGUCUACAUCGAUAUAACUGAUAUUAGAUUUACAAAAACCAAACGAAAAAGAAACUAUAAUAAGGAGAGGAAGUGAAGCUUAAGGCGUGACGUAUCCUAGCGAACCAUUGUUUCGAAAUUUUCUGCAACUGCAAAAUAAAGAAAGAAAAAAUAGCAAACAAAAACAAAAAUCAGUGCAUUAUACAUACAUACUUGCUAGUUUACACACAAAAAACAUCAUUUUAGUGCUUAAGUUUAUUCGAUCUAUCAUUUCUGAAUAUUUUGUUCUUAUCAUUUUAAAUCAUAAAAUUUUUCCUUUUGGUUAUUUGAAACGUUAAGACUGAAAUGGCUUGUUACGGAGAAGAAAACACGUCCUGCAAUAUACUAUAUUAUAACAUAAUAGCAACAAAAUAUUCGCAUAACCACAUAACAGACAACGAAAUUCUGUGUCAUAAUUGUUUGGUGUGAUCCCAAUCGCCGACUAUACACUACACAAUACAAUAAAAUACACCCAACUAGAUCUAAGUGAUUUGUACAUACAGCAACAAAGCAAACAAUACACAUAUACCAGAAAAUUGCCUGUUAAAUACAUUUAUAUGCGUCUGAGCUUAGUUAUGUAAAGAUUUCUAGUUUGUAGUCCUUAGAGGUUAUUUAGUUAGUAAGGCGCCACACUGAUAAUGUGAAUAAAUCAACUAUACAUAUAUA